CUCCCUGCUGCCGUGCAGCAGCGGCGGCGGCAGCGGCCCCGCUUCCCCCGCGGGACUGCGCGGGGGACCCGGUCCCGCCCCGGGGGCGGUCGGGGGCGGCCGGCCCGUCCCCUUUAAGCGGCGCGGCGGAGGGUCCCGCCCGCUCAUUUCCGAGCACGCAGGAAGUGCAGGCGGGCUCCGCGCCGGCCCGCGCGGUUCUGUCUUCAUUUUGCUGACUCAAACCACAGAUUCCAAGGAAAGGAGGGGAAGUGGAAGAAAAUACUCAAGUGCCAGAGGAAAAGCAAGACUAGCCAAUGAAAAUUAUUAUUACUAAACUGUAGAAUUCUCUCACACAUAGUGGGGGGAAAAAUUGCUGUCUGUUCAAAGCUUACAAAAUUACUUUUGCAGAUUUCCUUUACAAAACUUCAAAUAAGCUAGGCCCCUUCAACUAGGGCUGAAUUAGGAAAUGGAAAUAUGAUUCCUUGCUGGUGUCUUCAGUCUUCCUCUGCCUUUGCAGGUUCUUUUUGUUUGGGGUAGGAAAUCCUGAACAAAUUGUAUGGCGUCAGCCAGACUUACGGUUGAUGGUUAUGGAUGACACAGGAACUUCAGAUUUACAUCUCUGCAAUGACACCUGAUUAAGGCAAAGCUUGAAAACUGCUCAUCUGCUAUGUUACCAGAACUUGUAGUAGCUAUUACAGUUGUGAUUUCUCUCUAAGAUUUGAAGUCUGGGGUGAUGUCCCCUGGAAAGCAAGAGCAGAUAAGUAAUCUUUUAGGAUUGGAAGCAGAAAUAAUAUGAGAAUGCCCAGAAGAGGCUUAGUAAUUCAAGCCAGGACUCGUUGGCUAUUGGUGGGCCUUGCUUUGCUGUUCAGUUUAGUCUUGCUCAUGUAUUUGCUGGAGUGUGCUCCACAGACAGAUGGCAAUGGAUCUCUGCCUGGUGUUGUAGGUGAAAGCAUGGGUAAGGAGUACUAUCAGGCUCUCUUGCAGGAACAAGAAGAGCAUUAUCAAAACCGAGCUACCAGUCUGAAACGUCAGAUUGCCCAGCUAAAGCAAGAGCUUCAGGAAAUGAGUGACAAAUUGAAGUCCCUGCAGGAAAAAAAGAGCCCGAAGGUCAAUGGUAUGAACUACCAGGGCACCAAAGAACAAACAUCCAAUGAUCUCCUAGAGUUUCUUCAUUCCCAGAUUGACAAAGCUGAGGUGAGCGUGGGGGCCAAACUGCCUAGUGAGUAUGGAGUCAUUCCUUUUGAAAGCUUUACAUCCAUGAAAGUAUUCCAGCUGGAGAUGGGGCUCACUCGGCAUCCAGAAGAGAAACCUGUCAGAAAGGAUAAACGAGAUGAACUGGUGGAAGUUAUCGAGGCUGGCCUAGAAGUUAUCAAUAAUCCAGAUGAAGAAGAUGGACAAGAUGAAGAUGAUGGAGUAGGAGACAGGCAGCUGUAUAGUGAAAAUGAUUUUAUAGAAGGUUACUAUCGUACAGAAAGAGAUAAGGGGACACAGUAUGAGCUGUUUUAUAAGAAGAUGGAUGGCAUGGAGUACAGGCAUGUCACCUUGUUCCGACCUUUUGGACCCCUCAUGAAAGUGAAGAGUGAAACAGUCGAUAUUUCUAGAUCGAUCAUUAACGUUAUUGUUCCUCUUGCUGGAAGAACUGAGGCAUUUGCACAAUUUAUGCAAAACUUUAGGGAUGUGUGUAUUCAUCAGGAUAAGCGUGUUCACCUCACAGUUGUAUACUUUGGACAAGAUGGUCUAUCAGAAGUAAAAAGCAUCCUAGAAUCUGUAGCUAGCUUAGGUUGCAAAGGUUUCCUGAAGACUACUAAAAAUCAAGUUAUAGCCAGAAAAGACUUUGAGGUUUCUGACAGUCCAAAAAACAACAGGGAUUUACUUUGGGUUUGGCUCUGUUUUUCUUGUAGAGAAACUGACUUCCACAAUUACACGCUUGUCUCUCUGAAUGAGGAAUUUAACCGAGGCCGAGGACUUGACAUGGGUGCCAGAGCCUGGGAAAAGGGCGAGGUCCUGAUGUUCUUCUGUGAUGUUGAUGUUUAUUUCACAGCCGAAUUCCUCAACAGCUGCCGCUUAAACGCUGAGCCCGGGAAAAAAGUUUUCUAUCCUGUGGUAUUCAGCCUUUACAAUCCUGCUAUUGUCUAUGCCAAUCAAGAUAUACCACCUCCUGUGGAGCAGCAAUUGGUACACAAGAAGGAUUCUGGUUUCUGGAGGGAUUUUGGCUUUGGGAUGACUUGUCAAUAUCGGACAGACUUUCUGACUGUUGGGGGUUUUGACUUGGAGGUGAAAGGCUGGGGCGGCGAGGAUGUCCACCUGUACAGGAAGUACUUGCACGGGGAGCUGAUGGUGGUCAGGACGCCGGUGCCGGGGCUGUUCCACCUGUGGCACGAGAAGCACUGUGCGGACGAGCUGACGCCGGAGCAGUACCGCAUGUGCAUCCAGUCCAAGGCCAUGAACGAGGCGUCGCACUCGCACCUGGGCAUGCUGGUGUUCCGCGAGGAGAUCGAGGCGCACCUGCGCAAGCAGGCCUACAGGACUAACAGCGAGGCCGCGCGCUGAGGGCCGCCCCGACUGCCGAUUCACACUGAACCAGCACCCUUCCACAGCCUUAAUCAGCUUACUAAUGCAGUGCCUCUCUUCUUCGGUGAAGAACAGUCUAGGGGGUUUUUGGUUCUCGUGUUUGUUUUCCCAGUAAUCCUUUGGCUGAUAGGCUCUCACGUAUCGUGUGAGUUCCACAACCUCAGCUAGGCUGGACAGCACAUGUAGUUCAAGGAAAGUGUCUGCAGUAUCAACUGGAAAAAUCUGUGGAAUGUACAAUUCAACACUUUUCCAUGUGGUACAUUUCUGUUCUUAUGUUUGCAUUCUUUUGAGAAUUAAAUGAAAUAAUCUUUCAUGUCUUGAGUAUUUUCAGUCUGUAUGGCUCACUGCACUGUGACUUUAGAAGGAUACUAUACUCAGACUCCAUUGUAGAAACAAGGGAAAGGUGUUGAGAAAUAAUCUCACCAUGAAAGGUAUAUGGACGUGCUGAUUCCACAGCAAGGGCUUGCUGCCACACUUGCUGUAUUAACAGACAUUGACAUGGUUGAAUAGAGAAUAAUUUAGGGGGGUGGGAAGGAAAAUCCUUUCAAGUGGAAUUUUAGAGCAUAUAAUGGAAGUUCACACUGCAAAGGAAAUGCCACCCUCUUAUUUCAGUGAUGGAUCAGACAAAUUGGGAACAUUCCAGCUGGGUGUUUCUGUGCCUGCUCUUUCCCUACAGUAGAUGCCAUAUCCCUUCUAUAAACUGAGCUGUGCUAUUAAACUUGUUUGCUUAAAUAUUUUUUGGCCACACUCCUUCUUAUUCCAAGGCCCAGCCUAUGUAUCUCAUCCUUUAAGUUGAGGAACCACGUUUUCAUUCCCAUAUGAAUUUAUUAGAGGCCUGCUUGCUAUUAUGCCAAUGUUUUCUUGUGCAUUCUUUCUCUUUUGGGCAUUUUCCUGACAUGUUUUUGUAAGGUGUCAUAUAGUUGUUACAGUGACUGAAAAAGCAAGUGCUAUUACAGUCCUUCUUUAUACAAUGCUCUUCAUUACACUGAUCAUCCCAGCAGCCUUAUUCUUCACUUUUUCAGUUUGACGAUGUUUUAGGGUUUUGGUUCUUUUUCCUCUGGGUUUUUUUUUGUGUUCUGUUUUGUUUGUUUUUUGUUGGUUUUUUUUCUUUGUUUUUUUUGUUUUGUUUUGCUUAUUGGGUUUUUGGAGCAUGUUUAAGUGGAAUUAUGCUGUGCUCUCAUUAGUGCCUUGUACAAUGGCACUACUACUUUGGUACUUACCUUUUGGGUGUUUUGGGAUGCAUAAACAGUUCAAAUGCAGGCAGGUCAUUUUUCUCCAUGUUGUCUUAUAUGAUACCAUAUGGCAUGCCUCGUUUUUUAAUACGUUUGUUUAUAGAAUGAAUGCAAAGAAUGCUAAUUCAGUGGUUAAACCAUUUGCAUGGUUUCUGCUGAAUUUAGAUAUUAGUUGAAAACCUUUCUCAAACCAGGUAACUAAGAUCUGUUUAUGGAUUUAUUUUGCUCAAGAAUUCUGAAGAUUUAAAUGAUUGAUUUCUGACUAGCAGAUAUGCUGUGCAAAUAGUUCUGGGCACUGAUCCUUUUUUAUAUGUAUAUAAAAUGCGCCUUUAUGUAACUUAUUGUGGAGAACAGUGUACUGUAUUGUAUUUAGAGUGAAGAGAAUGCAUUGCAGGACUUCUUGCAAUUGAUAUUCUCAAUAUAAUAAAUGGAAUUUCUGCAUUUUAGAAA